AUCUUGCCCCUUGCCCAUUUUCCGGAGUCAUGCAACAGUUUUGACCAGCUCGAAGCCUCGAACCAGAACAACACGAAGCCCUCUGUCCUCGAACCCAACCGUCCCGCCGCCGCACGUCACCGCCACGCCGGCAGCCACCUGCCCCGCCUGCCUCGCUUCCGCCCGCCGGCUACCGCGCCUCCGCCUCCGCCUCCGCCUCCGCCUCGCGUCGCCCCCGUCCCCCGAACUUUUCAGCGAGGGCAACCGCCGCAGCCGCCACGUCGCCGAGCUACACGGCGAGGCUGCCGUCCCCGCCGCCUGUCCCCAAGAUACGCCACACGGAUUGCUUUCGCUCAUUCCAGAGGCGGAGAAUACCACCCCGAACGCUCCGGGGGCUGAUUGUGGGGCCGGCCGGCCGGCGAUGUCGUCGAGCAGGUUUUCGCCGGUGCUGCAGGCAUCGGAUCUCAAUGACUUCAUCGCCCCCUCGCAGGAUUGCAUCAUCUCCCUCAACAAGAACACCUCCUCCUCCCGCCGCCUCCAGAUCAAACAAAAGGAAACUGCAGUGAGCACAAAACCUCCAGAGGAAGCUGUCAAGAUUUCACUAAAAGACUGUCUGGCAUGCAGUGGCUGCAUAACAUCAGCAGAGACUGUUAUGCUCGAGAAGCAAAGCUUGGGUGACUUCAUUACUCGAAUAAACUCCGAUAAAGCUGUUAUUGUAUCUGUGUCUCCCCAGUCAAGAGCAUCACUAGCUGCAUUCUUCGGUCUUACUCAAUCACAGGUUCUCAGAAAACUGACUGCUUUGUUCAAGUCAAUGGGUGUAAAGGCCGUAUACGACACAAGUUCUAGUCGAGAUCUGGCCCUUGUUGAAGCAUGCAAUGAAUUUGUUUCACGUUAUCAGAAAAAUCAAUCAUCCAGAGAAGCUGGAUCCAAUCUUCCCAUGCUUUCAUCUGCAUGCCCUGGUUGGAUAUGCUAUGCUGAAAAGACUCUUGGUUCAUAUAUCCUACCUUAUAUAUCAUCUGUAAAGAGCCCUCAACAAGCGAUUGGUGCAGCCAUUAAGCACCAUAUGGCUGAAAAACUGAGUCUCAAGCCAUAUGAUGUCUAUCAUGUUACAGUCAUGCCCUGUUAUGAUAAGAAGCUAGAAGCUGUCCGGGAUGAUUUCAUAUUCUCAGUGGAUAAUAACGAAGUUACAGAGGUGGAUUCGGUACUGACAACUGGUGAAUUGUUAGACUUGAUACAGUCCAAAUCUAUCGAAUUCAAGACACUAGAGGAAUCUUCCUUGGACAGAUUACUAACAAAUGUUGAUGAGGAAGGCCAUCUAUACGGGGUUUCUGGAGGCUCUGGAGGUUAUGCAGAAACAGUCUUUCACCAUGCAGCACGUGCACUCUACAAGAGAGAAAUAGAAGGUCCUCUUGAUUUCAGAAUCUUGCGAAAUUCAGAUUUCCGUGAAAUUACAUUGGAGGUGGAGGGCAAACCUGUUUUGAAGUUUGCACUUUGUUAUGGAUUCAGAAACCUGCAGAACAUCGUUAGGAAGAUUAAGAUGGGAAAAUGUGAAUACCACUUUAUUGAAGUUAUGGCAUGUCCUUCAGGUUGUCUGAAUGGGGGAGGUCAAAUAAAGCCUGUACAAGGCCAAACUGCCAAGGAACUUAUCCAACUACUGGAGAGUGUGUACACGCAAGAUGUAUCAAUAUCGGACCCCUUUGAUAACCCUAUUGUGAAAAGACUAUACGACGAAUGGCUGGGGCAACCUGGUUCAGAUAACGCAAAGAGGUAUUUGCACACGGAUUAUCACCCAAUGGUGAAAAGUGUGGCCUCGCAGUUACAGAACUGGUGAUAGUGGCUCGUUGUUGCACUCGGAAUACCUAUGGCCUUCAAGAGCCAAGAGGGACUUGCACAAGUUAUCAUGGUGUCCUGUCCAUGCUAAGGAUAUUGAUCACCCAGAAAAUACAAACAUCGUCAACUUUUUUUUUUUUUUGCUUAAGAGCAAAUGAAUUUUGUUAGGCUAUAGGUUUUCACCUGCUUUCUUGGUAAUGCUGUCUGCUACCUCAGGGAAAGAACAGUUACUAUUAAAUUGUAUUGUUUAAACAUGCACAAAAUAGGUCUCGACGACCUUUUUCUUGUUUGGUUCAAUUCUUUUUU